AUGUUCGCCCCGUCAUCGGCGUCGUCGAGACGCGCGCCGCGCGCGCGAACCGGACGUCAGUGGACCGUACGUGACCUCGGACGUCAUCAUUUCAGCGCGCAAUCGCACACGUGUCGCCCGCGCGCGCGACGCUCGAGCGAUGCGGACGGUGAGCGAACGGGCGACGAGGGCGAGCGUGAUCCCAAGGAUGGAACGAAACGCUCGAGUGAGCGCGAGUCGAGCUCGGGUGAGGAGAGCGAGCGGAAAACGAAAUUGGUCCCGUUCGCGGUGCGCGUCGCGACGCCGCCGCCGAGAGAGUUGGGCGUGCACAAACUGCCGAAGAACACGACGUGCGGGGAGACGAUCGAGGUUCGUGAUGGAUGGUUCAUCGUGAACCGAGUGACGACGAUGUACUCGCUGGAGAGAGGAAAGUAUCGAAGGGAUGGACAGCGGGUGGAGGUGGAGAGCGCGGAGAGGUACUUUGUGAACGCGUCGCUCGAGUCGGCGUAUCGAGCGGCGAGCGCGACGCGGGAGGAGGACGAGCGCGGCGAAUGA